UUCCAGACCUUUAGAAUAUAUGACAAGGCACAUUGAAGCUAUUCUGUUGGCCCGUGGUGGCCCAACGCCCUAUUAAGACACUUUAUGUUCGUGUUUCCUUUAUUUUGAAAGUUACCCGAGGGUGAUCAUAAAUGUAGUUUUUUAUUGAUGUGUUAUAAUAUAAUUAGAUACUGUCAUAUGGCAUACUGUAAUUGUAAAGCAAAACAUGCUCUGUUUUAAACCAAUUCAAUUGUAUAUUGUAUGCAUUUUAAAAGGAAGAUCUUUUCCACAGUCUUCAUUUGUAAUAAGUCCAUUUUAGUCAGUUAUACUGUAUGGUUUUGUCACUUUUUUUUGUGGUUUGAUGAUUGCAUUGCUGAUGACGAAAAAAUAUUGUCAUUACUUUCCCCACAUCAUGCAGGAAGUCACUAGAUGUGUUGUGAGAAGAGGUGUUCACACUGUCCCAUUCUGAGAGCAGCAAGUGUGACUGGUGUAAUGCAAAGCUUACAAAGCUUGGUGUUUUAAGAAUAUCUACUUCCACUCUACAUCGAUUUCUUCUCAAGAUGACCAGCACAGAGUCUCCCUCCAUGUCGCUCCAGUCCCUGACCACUAUCCCAGCAAACAUAAAUGCCGACAUAACCACCAUCCCAGCCAACAGCAGUAACACUGAGCUCUGUACAGUGGAAUCCCAACAUGGUUCCAUCCCUGUGAUCCUAAUCCUGGUCUUUGUGGUUGGCUUCCUCCUCAACAGCUUCAGUCUGUGGGUCUUCUGCCUCCGUAUACCACAUUGGAGCUCUGGUACCACCCUGCAGUUCAACUUGGCCCUGAGUGAUGCCCUUGGCACCCCUGCAACUCCCCUGAUGGCUGUAUACUUAACCAACGACAGCAACUGGACAUUUGGACCAUUACUGUGUGUAUUCAAGAUUGUCCUUCUAAGUGCACACUUCUUUGGCAGCAUCCUGUUCCUCAUGCUCAUCAGCAUUCAUCGUUAUGUGGUGGUUGUCAAAUUCAACAAAAGCUCCCGUAUGAAACAAAAUGGGUUUGUAAGGAAGUUAUGUGGUGGAGUUUGGUUGCUGCUUCUAGUAGAAGCUCUUGUCCUAGCUUUCUUUCUUCCACCCAGUAAGGAGGGAGAUAAAACCCAAUGUCUGACCAUCCAUCAGCAUGAUCUGACAGAUGUGUACUUUGUCAUUAACUUCUUCUUAUUCAUCUUAGGAUUCCUUCUGCCUUUCUCAGUGGCUGCAGAAAGCUAUCGUCGCCUGGCAAACUCAGUGUCUAAACUCAAUAUCAACUCAGCAAGGGGCCUUGCCGUUAAGAUCAAAUCACAGAGGAUGAUAGGUAUCUGCUUAGUGAUAUUUGGGCUCUGCUUUCUACCACUCAAUUUAGUGCGGACAAUAGGGGUAGUGGUAAACAAAUACAGUGAAGCUUGUACGAUGCUUCGACAUUUGGAUACGGCAUAUUAUGUGUCAUUCAUCCUGGCAGGUGUCAAUAGUUGCCUGGAUCCUCUGCUGUAUUGUUUUGGGUCCCAGACAUUUAGAAAGGCAUUUCAGGGUGGAUCCUUCAGUGUGGGUCGGAUGAACACUCAAAGAAGUACAACAGAGCUUUGAGUGAGUCGGAGACAGAGAGGUUAUCAAUUACACUGCAAUAUUAUUGAAUAUAUCACAUUCUAUGUACAGUAUGCUGCUUUCUCUGUUUCAUAUUCAUGUCUCAUUGAUAAUUAUCUGGAUUGGGGUCAUAUUGGGUCAACUUUUUAACGGUUAAACUAAAUUCUUUUUUUAUUUUCCUUGUGUAUGAAUUUGCUAUCAUAUUUUGUAAUGUAAUUAUUGUUUCUUUGACAUUUUGCUUUUAUUUGAGAAAAUAAUAAUGUAUGAGGUCAAUUACCUGUUCAAAAUUCGGAUUAAAAGAAGAUGUACCUCUA